AUGAAGACCUCCGCCGUGCUCGCCGCCAUCGGCGCUGCGUCACUGGCCGUCGCCUCCCCAGUUCUGCCCUCACGGACUCAACCCGUCCAGGUCGAAGCUCGCCAGGCCAAUGGUACCGCUCCACCAUGUGCUCAGGUCUCCGACUACGUCUACGGUGACGGUACGAAACCCGCCUUGCUGACUAUCCCCGCUCAAAUGGCCUGGGACUGCAUCAACGACGUUCCCUUCAAUGCCUCAUCAGGAAAGCGACUCCUUCAAGCACUCCGCCCUUACAUUGAGUGGCAGAGCACACUCGCUGAGCUGAAGAACCCACCUGCCGAGUAUGCCGAGAAGGUACAGCCUCCCGUCGACAUAUUUGGUGGACUCGACAAGAUCGACGCGGAUAUCGAUGCCGGUAACUUCAAGAAUGAGUACGACUUUGGCUGGACUCUGUACACCCUGAUCCAAUCCGCCCACGAUGGUCACUUUUCCUACAUUCCAGAUUCCAUCGGUUCUAUCUUUGCCUGGGGCCGCCCUAUUCCCCUAGUUUCCGUCUCCGAGGAUGGAGAGCAGCUGCCUGCAGUAUUCGUCUUCGCUGAUGUUCUUGGUAUGCAAUACAACAACAUCUCCUACACGCCAUCCCCGGUUGUUCAGAUUGAUGGCAAGGACGCGAGCGAAUUUCUCGAAACUCUCAGCCAGCUCGGCUCUCUCCAGGAUCGCGACGCUCUCUACAACAACGUCUUUUACGAACUCGCUCAAGUCAGUCUUGGUACUCAAGGCAGCGGAACUGGAAUGUUCACUGGAGGUGGCCGUGGACGCUGGGUUUACCCUGGUGCCACCACAACCUUGACCUUCGCAAACGGCUCCUCUUACACAAUGGAGAACUACGCCCGUCCUAGCAUUCCCUUCCGCGGAAUCGCUACCGGCGAUGAUCUGGCCAAGGAGUGGUUCAGCUACGGCUCCACAGGUCCCUCGUUCGCCGAUACACAAUCACAAGCAGAUGAGAAGGAGGCCUCUACCCUCGCUACUGGUGCCGCCACUCCUGGUUUCCCCACCCCUGUUGCUGCCGGCCCUAUGAACCUCAUCAACGGCUUCUACAUCGACGCUGCUGGCUAUGAAGAUGUUGCGGUAUUGCAAGUGCCCAACUUCGUCGGAUCAUCUAUCGCCGAGGUCCCUUUCCAGCAGCUUACUCAGAACUUCGUCCCCAAGGCUCUCGCGGACGGCAAGACUAAGCUUAUCAUCGACUUACAAGCCAACGGUGGUGGUACUGUCCUUCAAGGUUACGAUCUUUUCAAGCAAUUGUUCCCCGACAUGGAGCCUCAGGGUGCUAACCGUUGGAGGGCCCAUGAAGCUAUGGACCUUGUAGGACAGGCUACCAGCAAGUUUUCUAGCCAGUUCCCAAGGGAAUAUAGCACGAACCGAUCAAUUGCCUUCGCUCAAUCCUCUUACUUUGAUUACCACAUGGACACGAAGGUUGAUGGUACUCCAUUUUCAUCCUGGGCCGAGAAGCUUGGACCCCAAGAGGUGAACGGCGAGCUGUACACUACACCCGCGCAAUGGAACCUAUCCGACGUAUACGUACCUUACGUUUCUGGCGGCAUCAAUGUUACUGGCUACGGUGUUCUAGCCAACGUUACAGGACCACCAAAGUUCGCACCUGAGAACAUCGUCAUUGUCACUGAUGGAUACUGCGCCUCGACCUGCACCAUCUUCAGCGAGUUGAUGCAACAGCAGGCGGGUGUCAAGACUAUUGCCAUGGGUGGUCGCAGCAACAGGAAUGCCAUCCAGGCCAUCGGUGGUACCAAGGGUGUUAACAACUACGCAUUUGGCUUCAUCCAGCAAACAGUUCAGUACGCUGUAAAGUUUGACCCGUCGCUCAACACUUCCAUCUUGGUUGAUGAUUACUACAACGACAUUGUCUUCUCUCGUGCCAUUAGUGGGGCCGGAGGCGUCAACACCCGAGAUGGACUCCGCGCAAACGACACGUCCGGUAUCGCUCUUCAGUUCCAAUACGAGGAGGCUGACUGCCGUCUCUACUACACACCGGAGAUGACUGUCGACAUCACUGCUUUGUGGAAGUCAGCUGCGGACGCCCAAUGGGGCAACAGCGGUAAGUGCAUCUCUAGCAGCCGGUAUGGUGACGAGAAACGCGCCGCGCCCAAGAUCAGCAAGGUCACGACCAAGCUCAGCCCACCAGUGGCACGUGUACGCAUCGCGGAUGCCGACAACCGUGUCAAGGCCUUUGAGAAGAGCUUCAAUCUGGAGACCGAGUGUAAGCUCAAGGGUAACGGGUUCAUGGAGCCGUAA